UAUGGAAAUUAAUAGAAUAUUUUUUUUUGUCGAAUCAAAAUGGUUACAGUCUCAAGAAACCAAGUGGACAAUAAAGGGUUUCUUCUGACUACCUACAUCUGUAAAAAAUAAUGUGACGUUUAACCAAAAUGUGACAUUCAAAUCGUAAUAAUGAUACGUUCAAUAUGAUAACAAAUUAUACUAUUCAUUUUACACGUAAUAUAUAGUCUGGUAUGCAAACAAAUCACAAUCCUAACCUCGUUAUCACGACAGCUUAUGUUUUGAACAUAAUGCACAAUUAUUAUUUAUAAACAAUGUGAAGUUUCAAAGGUUCUGUAACGUAAAGCAACAUUCUUAUUUGGUGAAAUAACAAAUUCGGAAAAGGAAAAUCUGACAAUCAAUCGAACCAAAGGUUUUGAACAUUUCAAGAGUUAAUCCAUAUUAUACCUAAUUUAUUGUAUACAUUGGAAAACACCGUUUGUUGCAAUAAUUGUUAAAAUGAUUUCACAAUUAUCAUAUGUUAUGACCCUUGCGAACAGCAUUAUUGGAGUAAGCGUUCUAGCAAUGCCCUUUUGUUUCAAGCAAUGCGGUAUUGUUUUAGCUACUUUGGUUUUAAUAAUAAGCAGCAUUUUAUCGCGACUUGCUUGUCACUUUCUGAUUAAGUCAGCUGUAAUGUCAAGAAGACGAAACUUUGAACUUUUGGCUUUUCAUGCAUUUGGUCAUAUGGGAAAAUUUUUAGUGGAACUAUUUAUCAUUGGCUUCCUUGUUGGAACAUGUAUUGCUUUUUUUGUUGUUAUGGGCGAUUUAGGUCCACAAAUUGUUGGGAAAGUGAUAGAUAAAAAUCCAGAAGAUAUCAGAACUAGUUUACUCGUAACAACAAGUGUUUUUAUAGUUCUACCUUUAGGAUUACUUAGAAAUAUCGACAGUUUAUCUAGUCUCUGUACUGCUACCAUCAUUUUCUAUCUUUGUCUUGUAUUGAAGAUAGUAGCAGAAUCUAUGCAGCAUAUUUUUGCUGGAGAUUGGUAUGACCAUGUAUAUUAUUGGAAACCAUCCGGUAUACUUCAGUGUGUACCUAUAUUUUCCAUGGCCUUAUUCUGUCAAACUCAGUUAUUCGAAAUAUAUGAAACUAUUCCAAAUGUGUCCUUGGAAAAAAUGAACGAAGUUGUACGAGGUGCAUUAAAUAUAUGUACAAUCGUGUAUUUAUGCGUCGGAUUUUUUGGUUACAUAGCAUUUUGCACGCAACCUUUUACAGGUAAUAUACUGAUGAGUUUUGAACCCAGCUUGUCAUCUGAAAUGAUUAAAAUGGGAUUUGUGUUUUCCAUCGCAUUUAGCUUCCCCUUAGUCAUUUUUCCAUGUCGUGCAAGCUUAAAUUCUCUUUUAUUUCGCAGGGUUUACACUCAUGAACCUUCUAUCAAUUAUUUACCGGAAACAAGAUUUAGAUGUCUUACCGUUACGAUCGUGAUUGUUUCCCUAAUCACUGGAAUUUUAAUACCAAAUAUUGAAUUUGUUCUUGGUUUGGUAGGAUCUACGAUCGGUGUAAUGAUAUGCUUGAUAUUUCCGGCAAUAUUCUUCAUAUCUAUCAGUAGCAAACAUACUAACGAAAGAUUAUUAGCACAAGCAAUUUUAUUUAUUGGUAUUUGUAUCAUGAUUUUGAGUACAUAUGCAAAUUUAUAUGCAUUAGAAGAAUCUACUAGUACAAAAGUAUUAAUAGCCACCAAUAAACCUUUCAAUCAAAUUAAUAAUUUACCAUUAAAUUUGAACAAGGAUGAUAUCAACGCAAUGGCAAAUGUACCUAAUAAUCCUGAACUUCUUCCAAAUAUGAUAAAAGAGAAAGCAGAUCACUUAUCGGAUUUGGAUAUUAUUGACAAAUCAUUGCAGCUAAAGGCAAACGAUAUACGACAAGAACCACCGAUUCCAGUUGAGCGUAUAAUUGUGACGGAAAAGACAGCAGUAGAAACAGAAAAAUCUGUUGGAAAUUUAGUAAUCACUUUUGCUCCAAUGAUUAAGAACAUCGUAGAAGAGAUAAAAACGUUGGAUGAAAGUUUUCAGAAGAAAUCGGGGAUGUUAAUGAAAAAUGAUAUCGCAUCCACGGCAGAAUCUAUCAUUCCAAACACAGAAGAAAGAAAUACGGAAAUGAAAGAACAUUUUAUAGAUAUUCAAAAAAAUGAUAAUCUUAUCAAUUCUGAUGCAAUUAAAAAAGAAGAAUCAGAGUUAGCUGCGGACGCAGAAGCUGCUAACAUAAUGGCUGCCGAGAGACACGAAAAACUGAGAAAAACUUUGGAAAAACACAAGCAAGAACAAUUGCAAAUGAUACAAGAACAAAAGGAAAUAUUAAAGGAUUUAAAAGAACAGAAACAAGAAAUUGAAAGACAAAAGCAAAAAAUACUGAAAGAUACAGCAGAAGAGCCAAAGGAAAAUGAGGAGAAAUUGAAAAUUUCCAAUGUCCGAAAGCCGGUUUCGCACAUAAAAAGGAAUUUUACGGGCUUAAGUAGUAAUAACGAAAGACAAUCUUUAAACAGAAAUAAGGAAAUCAACUCCGGUAGAAUUUCUCAGGCAGAAUUUCAGGGGGUAAAAUUAAACGAACAGUUUAAAGACGCGUAUAAUGAAAAUUUUGAAAGUAAAAUUUCAGAAAGUAAGGAUGAAUUACGCGUUCCUGCAAAAGCUAAAAAUAUAAGUAAGAAACAAAGCAUUUCACUGAUCUUAAACGAAAGUUCUGUCCUUACCAAAGACAUAAAUAAUAAAAGAAUCAAUAACGACAUAAACGAUGAGAAGAAAACGAAAGAAUUAAGGGUGGGAGUAAGUAAUUCAAACGAAUUACCGCAGGGACCUAUUUUGAAUGCUUUGACAAAACGGAUGUCACAAAAGUCCGUUUCUCCUAACGAAUUAAAUAAUAAUAAAGAAAAUGAUAAAGCUGCGGACAGAACCAAAGGAAUAUCACAGAAUAUGGCUCCGAAUUCGCAGGAUAAAACAAAUUGGAAGACUGAGAAUCAAGACACGCAAUACGAAUAUUCGUUGCCUAUUGCAUUGCAAAUGCGAAAUCAGUCGAAUAUCGAUAGUGCGUUUGUUUUAUCGGUAAAUAAAUCGAAGGAAAACGUCCAGAUAAUUCACAGAGACAUAUUGGAGAAUCAUGAACGCGAGAAACGAGAAACCGAUACGAUUAAUGGAACUAAUACCAAAGUUAUAAGUGAUAUAUCAAAUAUUAACAAUGACGGUUCGACGAAGAAUUUCUCUGUCAAAGAUGAUGAUCGGGAAAAGUGUUCGAAAAGAAACGAUCAUACGAAUGAAAACUUAACGAGUGAAUCGAAAGAAAAAUUAAACGAAACGCCGAUUAAAAAGGAUGUAGUCGAUGCAUCGUUGAUUAAAACCAACGUGUACUUGUCAGAACAAGAAUUUGCAAAUACAGUUUCAAUAGAUUCGAAUAUUCUUGUAAGAGGAGAGUAUGCAAAGUUAAAGCAAAGGGACUUAAAAUCUAUGGAUACCGAUGAAGAUUACAAUAUUUAAGAUUCAGGAGACCUGAUUAGGAAUAAAUGAAUAAGAUGUAUAAUAUGUCUGCGAAAAUUUAAUUUUAUAAAUAUUAAUUAACUAUUAGUUGUAAUA